AUGGCAACUGGCGAGUCAUUCCGUUCGUUGUCAUUUGGCUUCCGUAUUAGUCAUAGCUACAUUAGUCUAAUAAUAAAGGAAACAUUAUCUGUUUUAAGAACUAAAUUAGUCCCCAUAUUUUUGCCGGACGCUAAUACAAUUGAUUUUAAAGUGAAAGCGGCCGAAUUCAGUUAUAAAUGGAAUUAUCCGAAUUGUAUUUUGGCUAUUGAUGGUAAACAUGUCUGGAUACGCAGUCCAAUUAACUCGGGAUCUCUUUUCCAUAAUUACAAGGAUUAUUUUUCGACAGUAUUGCUCGCUAUGGUCGACGCAAAUUACAAAUUUAUCGUUGUUGAUAUAGGAUCGUAUGGCAAAGAGGGUGACAGCGGGAUUUUUUUUAAAUCCGAAUUGGGAAAACAAAUUCUUGGAGGAAUAUUUAGAUUUCCCGAAGAUAGUGCUCUUCCUGGGUCCAAUAUCAUUGUACCUCAUGCAAGCAGAGAAGACGAUUCUAAAAAAAAAUUUAAUUAUAGACUAAGCCGUGAUAGGCGAGUCACAGAAAAUGCUUUCGGUUUGCUCAGUCAAAUAUUUAGAGUUUUUUACCAGCCUAUGAAUAUAAAUAUAACGACAUGUGAUGAUUUAAUUUUGGUUGCAUGUUGUUUGCAUAAUAUGUUGAGGGAUGCUUACAUGGAAAACAAUAAACGACCAUUUUAUGAGCUAGAUUCUGAACAAACAGAACCCACCAAUAAUAUGCUGUCAAUGACAAGAGGAGGCGGAUUCUACAAUAUUGAGGGAUUUGAAGUAAGAGACCGUUUUAAACAUUUUUUCAAUAAUGAAGGGUCCGUAUCCUGGCAAUAA